AUGGACAAGUUUGACACAAUUUAGGGAAAACUGUUCUAUACUGUUUAUUGUAUGCAUAAAUCAAAUGAAAUUACUCAUUACUAAAGAGGAAGAAUUAAAGGUAGAUAAUCAAUAAUAAUCAAAUAGAUCUGAUUGUAUAAUGGGAUCCUCAAAUUCAAGAAAUCAUCAAAAAUCCAAAUAGACUUAAAUAGAACCUUCUCGAAAUGGCAUGCUCUUACUCAGACAAUGAAGACUCUAAAUAAACCAAAAUAACUCCUAGGAGUAUCAGUCGAUUGAAUGUAAGAAUAGGUCAUAGUAACUUCAAAUUAUCAAGUAAAUCUUACAGUUCAUUAUCAUCACCAUUGGAUUAAAGAAAACAAUUAUUAAUAUGA